AUGCCCAAUUCUGCUGGCGAUGUGGACCCGAGCCGAUUACGAACCCAGCGCUUCAGGGCUCCUUCAGCAAAUGACGAUGAAGUGGCAAUCGUGCUGAAUAUUCAAAAGCAAGACAGUUGGGUGACUGACAUUCCACGUGGUUCGUGGACUAGAAUCCUCUCCAAUAUUCUGGGUAACUCCUUGAAGUACACGAAAACCGGAGUCAUUUCGGUCACCUUGAAUGCUCAGAAAAACGCUCGGGGCACGGCUACUGUCGAGCUUGUCAUCCAAGAUACUGGCAUCGGGAUGACUGAGAGCUUCCUGGCCACUGAUUUGUUCACGCCAUUCAAACAAGCAGAUCAUCAUGCGAUCGGUACUGGCCUUGGCCUCAGCAUCGUCAAGCAGAUAUCAAGAGAUCUUUCUGGGAGACUUGACGUCCAGAGUACGCUUGGCAAGGGUACCCGGACAUCUCUAAUCCUGGACAUCGACAUUGUGGAGCCUAACGCCGAUGACAUUGAUCGUACGGACUCGCAACUUUUGGAACUAGCAGCAACCCAGAUUUCCCGGCCAUUCCACAUGCUAAGCAUCAACGAUGAUUCGACUCACAGAUCAAGACUAGGCCGAAACGCUACAUCCCAGAGUGUGUCUAACAUGGCAUCGGAAUGGCUAAAGUGCUCUGUCUCCUCCGGGCCGACUUUCGAGGGUCACGCAGAGACUGGAGUGUGUGCGAUCGUGGAGACCGACCUGGUACAUCUUGCAAAGACUGACCCGAAAAGUCUGGCCACGAUGACGUCUGAGCUGGCAGCCAGCGAUGCCCAAUUGAUAGUGCUGGGCUGCAGCCUACAGUCGACUCUGUCUGGUAUAUCUCUCGAGGAGUAUGCAGUACAGCCAACGUUUAUCCAGCAGCCUAUCGGUCCUCGCAAAUUGAUGCGUGUGCUCAGCACGAACGACAGCUCUAUGGGUGCCUACACUCACAGCUCCUUGCUGUAUACCACGACUCCAGACCUAUCAACACCCCUGGUUGUCCGGCGGAACGGUGAGACAUCAGGUCAAGAUGAUGCGUUUCCCUGGAACAGCGAUGGCAGAGGACGCGCAACUUCCGACCAUGGGCCUGCCGCGUCGACUGUGGCAAUACGAAACAGGCCUGGCUCGGUCAUAGCGCGCAAACAAAGGCAGUCAUCUUCGACUGCAGCAGCGGUCCCAUCAAGGUCCGACAGCGACACGGAUCAGGACGGUAGAGCUGAGGGUGCUAUCGCUUCUGGUAGUACUGUAUUGCUUGUGGAGGACAAUCCUAUCAAUAUGCGACUUCUCAAGGUUCUGAUGCAAAAAUUAAAAUUUCCGUACUUCACCGCAAACAACGGUGCGGAGGCCCUCGCCAUGUUUGUCGCCGACCCUGGGAAAAUCUUUUUGAUUCUCACAGAUAUAUCUAUGCCUGUCAUGGAUGGUAACGAAGCCACGGCCAAGAUUCGCGAGGUUGAGCGCAGGCAGAAGCUUCCAAGGACGACAAUCGUGGCGAUUACAGGCGUCACCUCUGCAGCGUCCAGGAAUGCCUCGAUUGCCGCAGGAGUGGACAGAUACUUCACUAAACCAGUCAAGAUGGAGGAGGUCAGUGCUCUACUCAGCGAGAUCCGACCCUCGAAAGUGUAA